GAGUCCGUGGGAUCGAAGGUGGUUGGUGGUUGUGUAUGUGCGAAUGUGAUUAGCGCGUGCGCGCGCGCCCAAUAAAGGCGGAUCGAGGAAUAACGUAGAAUUGUAUAAUUAUAAAUUUCGUUGCAUUUGGACAUCGCUAUGCGUGGAAAGUUAUAAAUUAAAAUCAUCAGACGAUACGAAUUUUAUCUUACAUGGAUUUAAUAAACAAUAAAUAGUAAAAGUGGGAGUAUGAAUUUUUAUUCAAAUUUCGUGUACUUUUUCAUUGCUGCGCAUUCUCAUAUCGUCAGAAUUUUGUCGGUAUAACAGAUUUCCUAACCUUCAAAAGCGGCAUCUUUAACGGAACUCUCUUGGUCAAGAAUAUCAAGUUCCAGCGCGACGACGUGGCAAUGUCGUCCGGACGCGCGUAUGUCAGUUACGACCUCGAAGAAGGCUAAAUCAGGAAGACGUUCAUCGGUCACGCCGAACCAGCGCGUCACGUGCUAUGUUUUCAAUCCAUAAAUGAUUGUGACUUCCAGAAGAUAUUUCUGUUCUUACUUCCUGAAAUUAUGAAUGCAAUCAUGUAGAAUUUAGAGUCAGACAAGAGGAAGAUGACGCCGCAUUUUACAGCUUUGACUUCAGUGCGGAAGCGAUGUCUGAUUGUACUCUUAUUAGUCCUGGUACCUUGCGCGAUUCUGAAUCUGCUGAUGCCUUCAGACAUGCGUGAAGAGGCUAUAUUGCAGAACAGCAUUGCUGAAUUGCAAGCCAAGCUGGAGCAUUUGCAUGCCAAGUACAUUGGCAGCCAGGAGGAAAUAAAUUUAUUAUCGCAUCAACUGCUACAACUUGUUGAGAACAAUCACAUUCUGCCAGAUUUGCAGCUGCUCAUCAAUAAUGGCACCUCUAAUGUUACCAGUAUCAAAUUGCCUUCAAUUUAUAACUUUCUGCCGCAUUUUCUCAACGAUCCAAAUAGCCUGCGUCCAGCCUUUGUGCAGAGCAAGGGUAGAUCAGGCGUAAGUAUGGUGUUAGGGGUACCAACGGUGAAGCGCGAGGUUCAAUCCUAUCUUAUGGCAACUCUAAAAAACCUGCUAGAUCGUAUGAACGCCGCGGAAACUGCGGAUACGCUGAUAAUCGUUUUAGUGGCUGAAACAGACAUGGAUUAUGUGACAUAUGUUGCAAAGCAAAUUGAAGUCCAAUUUCCGAACGAAUGCGAAGCUGGUGUGAUUGAUGUGAUAUCGCCAUCAUCGUCCUUUUAUCCGGAUUUGUCAAAGUUGCGCGACACCCUCGGCGACGAUCAUCAACGUGUCGUAUGGCGAUCCAAACAGAACCUAGACUUUGCCUUCCUCAUGUCCUAUGCUCAGACUAAAGGCACGUUUUAUGUGCAACUGGAAGACGAUAUUUUGGCCAAGAAGAACUUUAUAACUACUAUGAAAACCUUUGCAUUGCAGAAGAUUGGCACAAAGGAGAAUUGGUUUGUUCUCGAUUUCUGUCAGCUCGGGUUUAUCGGGAAACUGUUCAAAUGUGUGGAAUUGCCUUGGCUGAUCCAAUUUUUUUUAAUGUUCCACAAUGACAAACCUGUUGAUUGGUUGUUGGAUCACUUGAUAUCGACAAAAGUCUGCAGUCUUGAUAAAGAUAGUAAACACUGCAAAAUGGCUAAAGCAGAAUUAUGGGUGCAUUAUAAGCCCUCCCUCUUUCAGCACAUAGGAACGCAUUCCUCUUUAAAGGGCAAAGUACAGAAACUUAAGGACAAGCAAUUUGGAAAGAUAACGCUGUUCUAUGCUCACGAGAAUCCUGAGGCGACUGUAGAAACUCAAAUCAAACCUUACAAACAGUACACAUUACAAAAAGCAUACAAAGGCGAAUCGUUCUUCUGGGGUUUACUGCCGCAGCCAGGAGAUCAUCUAAAGUUUAAAUUUUCACAUCCUAUUUUUAUAAAAAAGUACUUAUUUAGAAGUGGAAACCCUGAACACCCAUCUGAUAGAUUUUAUAAUACAACAGUGGAAGUACUAUCCGAGACGUCUUCAUUGUUGGAUAGGAACAGCAAUGAUGUGACGGAGGAUGGCUAUGUUAUUAUAGGUAAAUUUGAUGUACUUGGUGUUGCUGAAGGGACUGUGGAUCGAAGAUUGGGUAGAAUAUCAGUGUUUCGUUUAACUAUACACAGCGAGAGCGAAAACUGGGCCAUUCUGUCCGAGAUUCAUAUAGUAGAGGAUCAACCUAGCUGACUAAGGGAUGAAGAAUCUCGAGCGUUUUUUCGAUACCAUCUGCACGGUUAGCGAAAACGACUGGUUUUAUAAACAUUUAUUAUUUUUAUAUUUUCUAUUUUGCUAUCACGCAUAUUAUAUAUUGAGUGGAGCAGUAUAGCAGUUAUUAGUUCAAUACCGUCCAUUACACAAGAAAUGUGUGUGUGAGUAUAUUUUCAACUAUUAAAUGAAGCAAACUUUUCUAUUGGUCUAGUAUUUUGUAUGGCUUUUUUUUAAGUUUAUAUAUGGUGUGCUAAAGAGCGCAAACAUUCAGGUGGUAAUAUAUAGCAAUCUCCCUUUUGAUAUUCAUACAUCCGGUUUAAUAAGUGAAUAUAAUAGUACGUGUUGAAUCUUUCGGAUCAUUUAGCAUAAGAGUGUUUUCUGUGUGUUUUCAGCUUUCUGUAAGAUUGUAUCUUAAUUUUUAGAUAAUUUAUUUAAUCGAAACUGUACCUGCAUUGUUCACAUAUUUUGAUUUGAUCUUGAUAUUCGUGUAUAGAAAUCUUUCGCAUACAAGGUUCAGGGAUCACAUUUAGAUAAAUGUGACUGUUUACAUUGAAAAGAUGAUACUUAGAAUCUAAUGCGCGGCGCAAAAUAUAUUGACGAGUGUGCAAGCGCUGAAUAUAUGAUAAAAGACAAGAUAUAUAUGGGAAUUAUCUUUAAAGAAAAAGCAAACUCUUUGUAAAGCGAGAUAUACUUAUAUAUAAUCCACGCGAUUAUGUGCAAUCUGUGUACACAAGUCUGUAAUUUAUUAUUGUCAAACGACGCAUUAACGUCGAUUCAAACGUUUGUUAAUGUCUGACAAACGGUGAUAUUAAGACUAUAUUCUUCUAA